UUCCACACCAGUAGUAGUUUGCAUGUGAAUAUCUCUUCAAACUCUCUUCCACAUAAAGUCCUUACGUUUUCAAUAAACAAUACCCAAAUUUCAAUUCCUUCAUUCCCAAAAGCUUCCAUAACGUCUUCUUAAUAAUAAUAAUAAUAAUCAAUAUUAGUCAUGGCACCACAUGGAGAGGCUAUUACCAGCUCUUACACCAAAACCAACUUCUCCAAACCACCGAAGCUGUCAUCAGACACCCUUUCCAGGACGGUUUCCGACAUCUCCUUCGAGCUGAACCGAGAAGGGAUCGAUCAGCUGAAACAGCUCCCGGCGAUAUCUGAAGUGGAAGACGCCAAGUGCGAGUGCUGCGGGAUGAGCGAAGAGUGCACUCCCGAGUACAUAGACAGGGUUCGGGACAAGUUUCUUGGGAAAUGGAUUUGCGGUUUGUGUGCCGAAGCCGUCAAGGAAGAGGUGGAGAAAAACGGAGGGAACAAAGAGGAGGCUUUGAGUGCUCACAUGAGUGCUUGUGUGAGGUUCAACAAGUUUGGUAGGGCUUAUCCUGUGUUGUUCCAAGCCGAAGCUAUGAGAGAGAUGUUGAAGAAGAGCAAACUUGAAGGAAGAGGUAUGAGAUCCAAGUCGAUAAGUCCUAGAGAUCACAAAGGAGCUCCAAAGAAGGGUGGGAUUGCAAGGAGUACGAGUUGCAUUCCGGCUAUCACAAGGGAGAUGAAUGAUCUGACAGUCGCCAAUUGAUCAUUUACAUCUUCUAUACUCUUCCUUAACCAGGGGACAUAUGGUUUUUAUAUUUGUUAACCAAACUCUGAUCCCUUUGUGUUUUAAUAAAUUAUUUUUAGUUUCCUUUU